AUGGAAAGGAAGCUUGUAAAGAAGGAAAUAAAAAAGCUCCUGGGAGAUUAUAUUGGCAUCAGACUCCGAGAAAAUGAAUUUGACCCAAAAGGAAGAAGGCAACUCACCUUUCUAGAUGAUAUGGCACACUAUGACCUGACCAUCAGUGUUGCUUUGCAAUGGCUGGAUCACUCAGAAGACUUCUGUUGGCUGAAGGAAGAGGAAGUGAAAAUGCCAUUUCAUGGCAGACCCAGAUAUCCAAGCCGUAGAGAACGAGAAGCCAUGAUUUUAUCAUCUUAUGCUGGAAUCUUAAUGAACAGUACCCCUAUUGAGGAAGUCUUCAGACUUUAUGGGGCGGAUUCUUCUGCUCACUCUGGUACAACCAAGGUUCCCCGAGCUCCAUCUCUCCGCCUCUCCUUGCACCCUUUUGCCAUGUUAACAGCACCCAAAGCCGCAGAAUAUGCCCGCAAACAGAGUAUCAAAUUAAGAAGAGCAGCAAAUAGAAAUGCUACCAGCUGCUCCACAAAGGAAGUAAAUGCCACAGAAUGGAAAUCACCAAAGAUCCUUUCAGAUGCACAGCCAAAGAACAAAGUAGGUCCAAAGACAGACUGA